GUGAGCCAUUCAUGCAGACUCUGCGCGAGCGUCAGUUCAGCACUUGCUUCAGCGAACAGCGCACUACUGUAGUGCCGAAUUAUUCUAGACUCGUGGCAUGCAACCAGUGGUCUUGUAGUAUUAUUUGUUUUGUUUUGUUCGGGAUCGCUUUUGGGGUUUGUCAAUCACAAGUUUGACCAGUCGAGAAAGACUAGUCUUAGACUUCCAAUAAAGAUUGAACUGGAUGGUGUUUGCAUCAGCUACGAGGGGGGCGUUUGUACUGUAAUGAAGCGUGCUUUGUGCUGACCAGCUGCACUGUGUACCGUGGAUCGGUGUCUAAGGGUAUCGAGUGGUGUGGUGCUGCCUGAGAGUCCCUCCAUUCAGAAGGAUGCUGGUGGGAAAUGCCUGGAGACAGAGAGGACGAGAUUUGUCAAAAGGCGCUGCAGCUCUUAUCGGAUCUCUGUUCUAAAGGGGAGGUGCAAAACGACAGCUGCCAGGAUUUCAUAAAUCAUAUCCGUUAUCGCUCCAUACCCCGAUAUACAGAUUCAGAUGUGUCAGUGAGCUUGCUCUCUCUGGUUGUGACGGCCUGUGGACUAGCUCUCUUUGGUGUGUCUCUUUUUGUCUCUUGGAAGCUGUGUUGGAUCCCAUGGCGUGAACGUGGUAUUUCCUCUGCAAACAAAGAGAGUCAGCCCGAGCAGCCCACAUACACCGAUGUGGAGGUCAACGACAAUGAAUAUGGCCAGGAUUAUGUGAAGGAAGCCACUGUCGUUCCAGAGUCUGCCAUGAAGAUCAGCCACACCUCCCCUGACAUUCCGCUUGAAGCCCAGUCAGUGGUGAAAGAGAACUGCUUCCACAAUGUACGAAUGCAGAGGCAGAUUACUGAACCAACAUCUUCUGUUAGGCACAACUCAAUACGGAGGCAGCUGAAUCUCUCCAACCCGGAUUUCAGUAUCCAGCAAUUUCAAAAGCAGGAUUCCCUCACUGGGCUUGGGCGGAUUAAACCUGAGCUUUAUAAACAAAGAUCUGUGGAUACAGAUGACGGAAAGAGAAAUAAUAGCAAAACUUGUGGAAAGCUCAAUUUCAUUCUUAAAUUUGACUGUGACUUGGAACAGCUGAUUGUUAAAAUCCACAAAGCAGUCGAUCUGCCAGCCAAAGAUUUCUCCGGCACAUCAGACCCCUAUGUGAAGAUCUACUUACUACCUGAUCGCAAAACCAAACACCAGACUAAAGUGCACAGGAAAACUCUGCACCCUGUGUUUGAUGAGGUGUUCUUAUUCCCUGUGGCGUACAAUGAGCUAUCCUCUAGAAAGCUGCACUUCAGUGUGUAUGACUUCGAUAGAUUCUCCAGGCACGACAUGAUUGGACAAGUAGCAGUGGACAACUUUUUAGAUUUGGUGGAUUUUCCAAGAGAAACAAAUCUCUGGAGGGACAUUCAAUAUGUCACCACGGAUAAUGUGGAUCUUGGAGACCUUAUGUUUUCUCUGUGUUAUCUUCCAACUGCUGGCAGAUUGACUAUUACUAUGAUAAAAGCUAGAAACCUGAAAGCCAUGGACAUCACUGGUGCAUCGGAUCCCUAUGUAAAGGUUUCUUUAAUGUGUGAAGGAAGGAGAUUAAAGAAAAGGAAAACAUCUACAAAAAGAAACACAUUAAACCCUGUCUACAAUGAAUCCAUAGUCUUUGAUGUUCCUCCUGAAAAUAUUGACCAAAUUAGCCUUUUAAUAGCCGUCAUGGACUAUGACCGUGUAGGUCACAAUGAAGUCAUUGGUGUGUGUCGAGUGGGUAACGGUGCUGAGAGCCUUGGACGGGACCACUGGAAUGAAAUGCUGACAUAUCCUAGAAAACCUAUAGCUCACUGGCACCCACUGACCGAGUGGGUUGGACAAGCAACUACAGGUGGAAGCCAGGGGGGAUCCUGUAAUUCUCUUAAAACCCCUCCCUCGCCAUGAAGGAGCGGGCGAGUCACGGUCUGGGGUGAUAGACAAAGGGAAAAGCAAACAAGAGCCGAGAUGCAGAGAAGCUACUGCAUGGGAUAUGGUUUUUUGUGGUAGUGUGUACACCGAGAUAAUUUGAACCCCAGUAUCUCUGUGUUUGUUUCCCUCACAUGGGGAUGUUUUCUUCUGUUGCAUGCUGAGUGGCCAUUCAUUUUAUACUCUUAUAAAAACUAUAUGUGUUACAUUUAAGAGGCAUUACAGUUGACUGUGUUUUUUAAAUAGUCCUAGUAUAUGUUUUAAAACGACUGUCUAUAUCACACAUAAUAUCAUCUAUAUGGGUUUCUUUUAAUAUAGUGCAUGGUUUCUUACUGUGGGGUGUUAACUGUUUCUGUUAAUGUUUUGAGAGAAUAAAAAUGUGAAACUACUACCGAAUAUAAACGUGAGGGAAACAUACUGUGGUUUAUUCUACAAUGUAUCUACUAGUAUCUACAAUGUUCUUUAACACAUUUGUAUGAUUGUAUUUCCUCAUAUACACAUUUGUAUGAUUGUAUUUCCUCAUAUACACAUUUGUAUGAUUGUAUUUCCUCAUAUACACAUUUGUAUGAUUGUAUUUCCUCAUAUACACAUUUGUAUUUCCUCAUAUAUUCAGUUUAUAACCUGGAGCUUUGUGUUGUGUGUUCUUUAUUGUGGUUUAGACUGGUUACUUUUCAGAAAUAGUAUUAUUAGCAGUAUUUUUUGGUAACACUUUAGUUUAGAGAUCACUUUAGUUUUAUAUAUGUAUCAAAUUAUAAUGUGUAUUACAACAAAUAUAACACGUUAUAGCAAAAAUCCCCAAAUUAUAUUGUCAUUUAUUAUUUCUAAUCAAAAUAUGCACUUAUUGGCACAAAAUGAACAACAUGCUUAUAGAUUGUAUGGAGCUGCUUAUAAGAGUUCCCUGAACUAGAGUGCUACCAUAUUUUUUAGCAAAGUAAAUACUGUUACAGCAGCAGCUUGGAGGAGUCUUUUACAGUAUAUAUAGCUUCUCUCUCUCACACAUUGAGGGUUCCUGUUGAAGUGGAAGUGAGAGGUGAUGGGAAUAUAUUAAAAUGUAUUGUGAACGCACACAUUGUUACUGAUACAUGACACAACAGGAAUUACCUGCUAAAUAAUUCACAAAUGCUUGACCGAAAUGGAGUUCUUAAAACCAAGCCAUGAUAACAGUGAUUCCACAUUCUAAAUUUAUACCUGAAUCUAAUGCUGAUAAGGAGAAUUGUUUUCUUUUAGUCAGUCACUUUUAAUUUAUUUAUUUUUUUGUCAUUAAGCUCCCUGAUGUUACUUUAUUUCUGAAUUCACCUCAAAUGCUGUAGCAUUAACUACCAUCCGCUUUUAUACAAUGACCGGUGAGCUGGUAAAUCUACAUAUAUAC